GGAGGAGCGAUCAGCUAGCACCGAGCACCUAUCGCAUUGAAGGGUGAUAAGGAGCGAUCAGAGCAGGGUUUUGACGUUGGAAUAAUCAAUACCCUGAUUUCGCGUAACUCAGCUAUAAGUUGCAAUGCAGUUACAAAGUUAGGAACUGUACCAGGUGUCUUGGAUCUAGUCUAUCCAGAAACCAUGGCCCUGUUGCUGUAUUUUGGAGGCUUGAUCGUUAUGUUUCUGCUGUGGAUCAGAGUCAAAGGUCUAGACUAUGUGAUCAUUCACCAGAGGUGGAUAUUUGUGUGUUUGUUUCUGCUGCCACUGUCCUUUAUAUUCGAUAUGUAUUAUUAUGUGCGAGCAUGGCUCAUUUUCAAGAUGUGCUCUGCUCCCAAACUGCACGACCGACGCGUGGCAGACAUCCAGCGACAGGUGCGUGAGUGGAGGAAGGAGGGCGGCAAGACCUUCAUGUGUACAGGUCGACCCAGCUGGCUCACUAUCUCUCAGAGAAUUUCCAAAUACAAGAAAACGCACAAGAACAUCAUGAUCAACAUGAUGGACAUUCUGGAGGUGGACACAAAGAGACAGGUGGUGAGAGUUGAGCCGCUGACUAACAUGGGUCAAAUAACAGCUUUCCUCAACCCUGUUGGCUGGACUCUCCCAGUGCUGCCUGAGCUGGAUGAUCUCACUGUGGGUGGUUUGAUCAUGGGUACAGGAAUUGAGUCAUCCUGUCAUAUCUAUGGGCUUUUUCAGCACACCUGUGUCGCAUAUGAACUGGUUCUGGCUGAUGGUAGCUUAGUUCGCUGCACUGAGGAGGAGAACUCAGAACUGUUCCACGCUGUCCCGUGGUCCUGUGGUACUCUGGGGUUCCUGGUUGCAGCUGAGAUUAAAAUAGUACCCGCUAAGACGUGGGUGAAACUGCACUAUGAGCCGGUCAGAGGGCUGGAGAACAUCUGUAAACGCUUCACUGAAGUAUCAGAGAACAAGAGGAACACGUUUGUUGAGGGCAUCCAGUAUAGUCUGGACUCUGCUGUUAUCAUGACAGGAACCAUGACUGACCAUGCAGAGCCUGAUAAGAUUAAUAGAAUCGGGCUGCACUUCAAACCCUGGUUCUUUAAACAUGUAGAGGGCUACCUGAAAGGUGACUGCUCUGGGGUGGAGUACAUCCCUCUGAGACAGUACUACCACAGACACACACGGAGCAUCUUCUGGGAGCUCCAGAAUAUCAUCCCAUUCGGAAACAAUGUGGUGUUUCGCUGGCUUUUUGGAUGGAUGGUUCCUCCUAAGAUUUCUCUGUUGAAGCUCACACAGGGCGAAACCAUCAGACGCCUUUACGAUCAGCACCACGUGGUCCAGGACAUGCUGGUACCCAUGAAGCAUCUGCAGGCUGCUAUCUCAUGCUUCCACCAAGAAAUUGCUGUUUAUCCUCUGUGGCUGUGCCCAUUCCUCUUGCCUCCAGGCAGAGGGCUGGUUCAUCCCAAAGGUCAAGAGGUGGAGCUAUAUGUGGAUAUUGGGGCUUAUGGAGAGCCCAAAGUCAAACACUUUGAAGCUAAAGCAUCAGUUCGCCAGCUGGAAAAGUUUGUCAGAGAUUUGCAUGGGUUCCAGAUGCUCUAUGCAGAUGUGUACAUGGAGCGAGAGGAGUUUUGGGAGAUGUUUGAUGGCCAGCUGUAUCACAGACUGAGAGAAGAACUAGGCUGUAAGGAGGCCUUCCCAGAGGUUUACUACAAGAUCUGUAGAUCUGCCUGACACUGAUCUGCCCCAUCUCCUCCUGACCAGUACCUGGACUGAACCAACGUGUCACAAAAACACAGAGGCACUGUUCCCAACUCACACUUGGUGACAGCUUUACUUUGUUUUACACAAAGAUGCAACUCAUCUUUUUUUUUUAAAGUGGACUUAAGCUAAGGCACACAAAUAUAUUAUUUUUGGUAACCAGAGUCUGUCUUCAGGGGCCCUUAUAUCACUGAAGUAGGAGCACAAGUAUUGCAGUGUUUUAGGUCUUGAAUAUAUUCCUUUUUUUUUCUCUUUUAGCUUAUUUCAUGUGCUGCUUGACUUAAAAUCUUGUUUACAUGUAGACUGUUUACUUUAAUAAAUGCCACUUCUUAAUUAACGUCAGUGCCGGGCAACCUUAUCAUCCACCCCACCCCACGCCCCAGUGUUGGAGAGCGAUAUGUUUCCCUAGUGCCAUACACUGUCAAAACUAUGACCUUUUAACAUCAUGUAGAUAUUUUAAAAUACAUACUUAUGUGAUCAGUGAAAUAAACUAUGCAAUUUUAUAAGGUAUUAUUUUGAUAUGGUGUGAAUGAAUUAAAUAAAAACA